UGUGGGUAGAGUUCUUUGGUUUUUGCGUGAAGAUCCUCGAAGCUGCUGGGAUUCCCGGGUUUCAUGUCCACUUCCUCGAAGCAGGGAAUACAUGGCGGAUCUUCUAGACUGGUGGGGGUUACAAAGAUCUCGAAAUAAAAUGUGAUUUUCAAGUAUAGAAUUAUAAAUUUUACAAGGAGACAAUGUAUAUAAUAUGUGUGCCCACUCUAUACAUUCAAAAGUAUUAAAACUUUAUCUGACAAAUCUUUAAAGCAUUUAGAUAUUUAGAUUAGAUCUCUUUAGAGUAAGCCAAUUAAGAAUAUCAUUGUCAUAUCGUUAUCAUAAUAUCGAUCAUAAGUUGUCUCAUAUAUAAACGAGUAAAAGGAUAAUAGUAAAAAAAGAAUCUCUUCUUUUUAACGGUGAAUUUUUUUUGUUUUGUUUCAACGCAAUUAUAAACGACAAAAUGAAGAACGUGAUUUGUAUCGUGGCAUUGUUAUCUAUAGUUUAUGCGUCGGAGCAAACUAUGACCUUUUAUUAUCUCAAACGAUUGGUGAACAUUCAAAAAAGUAUCACCGAAGCUAUACUGAAUGAUGUUUUACUUUUUGAAAAACAAAUAAAGCAAAAUUUGGAAGUCAGACUUAAUGAUCUGGAAACUCAGGCUUUAUUUGAAGUUAAUAAUAUUAUCAAUUCAACAUUUGAGAAUAUCAAUUUAUCUAUUGAGGAAGGGAAAAAAGAGAAUAAAAAAAUAGACGAGUGCUAUGAUUAUGCGAAACAUAAUCUGGAAACAAAAAAAUAUAAUACAAUUAUUGAAUUAGAAAUAUGCAUUCAAAACGGCAACGCGAUCAUGGAAGCCCCAUUAAUGAAUCUUGCGAAGAAUAUUAAGGCAAUAAAGACAUUGUUGAUCGAGUUAGACGUCAUCAUCCCGAACUGUCAUUCCUCGAAUUUUAUCAAAAUGCAGCACUGCAUCACAAUGAACCUCUUCAUGAUCAAAUCAUCAUUGAAGAAUAUAAGUAGUAAUAUCAUAACAGUGACGAAUAUUGCGAUAAGCGUGCAUAAAAAUAUGAUUAGAGAUGUGAAAAAUAGCACGAUGAAACUUGUCGUUGAUAUCCGCAUUUUCAGCACAGAUAUCAUUGUUUGUAUUAACAGUUGCAUAAGAAAUGCACCUGCAGACAAUCCUAAAUCAACAAAUAAUACCAAACUUAUCGCCAUCUAUUAAUUCUUCACCUCGAAAUUUUUAAAAAGAUGAAAAAAAGCCUAUAGUUUAAUAUAAAUUUCUGAGUAUUUUUCAUUGAAAGUUCAUUUUUUCAAUAUAUAUAAUUGCUUUUAAUUAAAAACAUUAAUCAUUAAUCUAAAAAUAUUUGACAAGUAAUCUUUAAAACAGAUUGCAAUGUCUUCAAUUUUCGAGUAAAUAAUUCAUCAAAAGCACUACGGAUUAUAGUUAUGCGCUUUAUAUUGAAAAACAUUCGACUAACUGACUUUUUGAUUGUAAAUUAAUUGUUCACUUAUAUCAUAUAUCGUACAGUAUAUAGAAGCAAUAUAUUUGUAAUAUAGGAAUGAUAAGUGAGAACAGUAGCAAUCAAAUAGUAUUGGCAACAAUAUUGGCAAUAGUAACAGCAAUAAUAACAAUAAUAUUACUUGUAAUUAUAUUUAUCAUUAACAUACUUCGAUAGAAUUAUACAUAUCAUUAAUUAUAAUCGCCAUGGUUAUGAUUAUCUUUAUUUAUAUACAUGUGCAUACAUAUAUAUAUGCAUAGACCCAUAAAAACACACUCAAUAGUGCGGAUGUUUCAUCAUCAUAUAUACAUAUACAGAGUAUGUCAGAAAGUUGCGCAUCUUCUCUUCCACUAUAAUAUUCCUCGACAAAUAUGAAGUUGCUUCUUUUUUAAUGAAACUUUGAUUGAACUUUAUCUCUUGUAGUACAUCUGUAUUAAAUGUUUUCAUAUCAAACAUCUUGACAAUUGUACCUCAAAAAAAUUUAAACUAUUCGAUUUUUGCAUCUAUAAAACUUUUAAUUCAAGUCUUUUAGAUAUUAAUCGUAUAACAAUGAAAAGCUAUUUUUUUUAUAACUGAACGAGUUAUCAUCAUUCUUCUUAGUUUGCGGCGUACAGUGUAAUUAUAAUCUAGAAAAUAUGGGAUUUAUGAAACACCCUACAUGUGCACAUAUAUUUCACGCAUUAAACGUUUUAUUUCAUAAGAAUGUUAUAUGUACACAAGGUGCCUCAGAAAUGGCGGGUAUUAUCAGUAACUGAGAUUUCGCAGCAAACACUCACGCGAUAAGUAAUUUAACACAAAACAUUUUCAUCAAGUAGUUUCAGUCUGCCCAUCGAUGGCUAUACAAUUGUUAAUCAAACAUAACUUGGAAUGGGAGAAGGUUUUAUAUUAAGGUAUAAUCUGCGAAAAAAAAAUUUUGUAGCUUUCUAUUAUAAUCCGGAGAUUGCAAAUUAUCAAAGACCAAAUUGCAAUUUGGAUGGCAAUUACUGAUACCGCAAUGCAUAAUACUAUCGUGCUAUAUUGCUACACUAUAAAAA